AUGUCAUCGUCACCAAUUCCUCUUCACCAAGGGUUUAUUACCGGAUAUUUUUGCGAUAAGCCCACGUCGGGACCAUCUGCAGGGACGCCUGAUAUUUCCGUUUCAUCAACGACUCUAUCCACCGAAGCCAAGGGCUCGAUCAAAACCCUGCUUGAAAAAACCAAUGCUGAAGGAAAGAAAGAUGAACGUCGGAUCCUCUACAAUAUUGACUCGUCGCUUCCAUUCCAACUUGCGGCAAUUUCCCUUGGAAACUCUUCAACCCCCCGUUCUCUUUACGAGAAAAGAGAAUCUGUUCGUAAGGCGGCGGCAAAUGGAGUAAGAUUGCUUUCAAGCCAGGGCGUCAAGGAGUACAUUCUUGAUACCUUUUCGGAUUCUCAAGCUGCAGUCGAAGGCGCCAUCCUUUCGUCUUAUUCUUACCUCAAGUUUUCCGAGAACUGCAAAUCUCUGUCGUUUAAAAUGGCUCCUGUGUGCACUGCCAAUGAUAUCCAAUCGUUUAAACGUGGCUUCAUUAUGGCGUCUGCUCAGAACGUUACACGAUACUUGGCCGACACGCCGGCAAAUAUUUGCACGCCCUCGAAAUUUGUGGAAGUGAUACAAAAAUUUGCACAAGAGCAUCUGUCGCACAUUUCUUCGCAUGUAAAAAUAGAAGCCAAAGAUGCAUCAUGGGCCAAGGAGCAGGGAAUGAAUUCCUUUCUCUCUGUAUCCCAGGGAUCAGCAGAACCCUGCAAGUUCUUAAUAAUGGAGUACCAAGGCCGAGAUGCAAAUGGCCUUUCAUCUGCAGAUGAAUCUCCCAUCGGGUUAGUGGGAAAGGGAGUAACCUUUGAUGCUGGAGGUAUUUCUCUCAAGCCGGCCGCCAACAUGGCCAACAUGAAAGCAGACAUGCAGGGGGCUGCAAUUAUGGCGACCUCGUUCAUUACGGCUGCCUUCUGUAAGCUGCCUAUUAAUCUUGUUGCUGUGAUUCCAUUGACUGAAAAUCUGCCUUCCGGCACAGCCACCAAGCCUGGAGACGUCAUCACUGCCAGCAAUGGGAAGACCAUCGAGGGUAGGCUAAUUUUGGCCGACGCGCUGGUGUUCAUCAAAAAAUAUUCGCCAUCCGUUAUUAUUGACGCUGCUACGUUGACAGGCGCCAUUGGCGUUGCUCUUGGAUCGGCCACUUCAGCCAUCUUUUCCACCUGCGACAAUUUGUUCAAAGAGAUGGAGGAGGCCGGAUAUUCCUCUGGUGAUCGCAUAUGGCGAAUGCCUUUGUGGGACGACUAUCGCCCACUAAUGGACUCUUCCGUUGCUGACAUCAAGAACGCCUCUAGCUUGCGCGGUGGCGGAGCCUGUACGGCCGCUGCAUUUCUGAAAGAAUUUGUUGACGAUGGGCAGGUCUGGGCCCAUCUGGACAUUGCAGGAACAAUGCAAGUGUCUUCUGAAGAUGGCGUUCUUUCAAAGGGAAUGAGUGGCCGCCCCAUUCGUAUGCUGCUAUAUUGGCUGUUAGAGCGAUCUAAAGCCACAUUGGCAAGGUUUGCUUUACUCCUGUUUAACUGUAGCUCUGGAUCGAGCCUCGAGACGCUCUUGCUGUCGCUGCCAGAGGAUAAGAUAUCUGCCUUUUGCAGACAUUUCCCUCAGUAUUAG